AUGCCAGUUGCCUCUGCAUUUGCAGGCUCGAUUCCUUACGAUAGGCUCAACACAAAUUUCACUUUGACAACUGUAAUUGAUUUAGACCACUAUAGUGAAAGCAAUUUUGAAAAGUUAGGUUAUAAUGCUGGUGAAGAUAAGACAAGUGGAAAGAUAUACCAGGUUUCUGAGGGAAAUCUUAAACGAAUGAACCUUGCUUCUAUUUUUGAAUCGACUGAUAACACUCUCGUAGUGAAACACACUAACAAAGUAAUUGCUUACAACGAAGAAGAGAACCUGUGGGAAGAAUUCGAAUCAGGAGAGAUGGAAGAAAGAGAAGUAUCUGGAUACUAUCCAGUUUCUCCUGUAUUAGAUGCAGCUCAAGCAAGCGGAAGCCUUAGUAACAAGUAUUCAGCCAAGUUUGUUAUAGGCCACCUUGUAGCCGCAGCACUACAAAUUAUUACCUUCAUAACAACAAACACGUCAGUGGUAAUCAAUGGUUCGGUUGUUGCACAUUUUACCUCAACAUUUACAUGUAACGUUCCUGAAAACCACUAUGGACAGCUUCUCAUGAAACCAAAAUACUGGUCUAUUCAAAAUAGUCGUUGUAGAGAGGUAAAGUACAAGAUGGGCAAAGGAAUUGUUCCUCAGCUGAAACAGUGGAAAGUAAUUAAAGAAGUCAAACUUUUAUCACUUAACAUGCCUACCUACAAGUGCAAAGUGGAGCCCAAUGCCUUUACAGACACCAGCAGGCAAAUAGUUGAACUUGACAUGAACGAAUUAUAUUAG